GUAAAGAAAAGGUUACUAGAUUCGAGGAAAGUACAGAACUACCGAAGGCUGUUAAUUGUAAACGUUAAAUAAUAUAUAUAUAUAUAUAUUUUUUUUUACGAGUUGCUUUGUUCACUUGGAACUAGCAGGUGAAAAUGUGCUGAGUUGCAGUAAGUGGUUAGAGACAGGCUGUGUUUACAUUAGUUAGCAUUGUAGCAGCUAAUUCAGCGAAAUGCUAUAAAAUAAUUUAAACUCAACCCGGACUUCAAUAGGGUAACAGCCUAGUGCGGAAUGAUUUCCCUGUUAAUACAAUGCCUCGCAUGUAUUAUCAUCACAGUCUAGUGUAAUACAUGUGGUGGGUAGAUACCAUCUACAUUACCAGGGAUUGGCAGACGACACUGUUAUACUUCAUUAUGCACUACAUACAGUGUAGUUUUAUGAAGUAUAUUUGUUUUUUAAGCUUCGGCAUUAUUUUCUGAUAAUACCUUAACAAUCGUGAUGGAGUUGUCUCAGAGGGACAGGCUCUCAGAGCUGGUGGAGGAGUUGACCACAUCAGGACAGCCACAGCUCAACCAGUACAGGAUGAAGGAAAUCAAGAAGAUCUGCAAAGUGUCUAAUGACUGCAUAGAGCAUGUGUACCACUCAGUGAUGUCUCAGCUCAACCAAGAACAUGCUGAGGUCCGACUGUCUGCCUUCCAGAUAGCCACUGAGCUCUUCUCCAGGUCACACCACUUCAGAACGCUGCUGGUAGACAACUUCCAGGACUUCUUGGAGUUGACAGUAGAGACGGACUCAGAGCAGCCCCUCCCCCCUCCUAAGGAAGUAGCCAGGAAACUGAGGUCACUGGCCAUCCAGACUGUCCAAUCAUGGCAGAGCUCUUAUGGGACAGCUUAUAAGAAGUUAGCGUUAGGCUUCCACUUUCUCAAACAGGUGAAGAAGGUGGACUUCCAUGAUGCUGAGGCCAGGACAGUAGCAGAGAGGAGGAUGGAGGAGGAGAGACGCAGGAAAAUGGAGAGGAUCUACAAGGAGAGAGUAGAGGCAGUCUCCAAAGACAUGGAGGAGUCAUACCAGGAAAUUGGGGCAACAUUGACAGAGAUGGAAUCCUGUAUGAGCCUGCUUUUCCCUGGGUUUGACCUUACAAACAUCCAGCCAACCAAUAAUACCCCUCCCAACUCCCAACCAGCCAAUGAAAGUCCAUCAGUUGAUGAACAGCCCUGCUGCAGCUCAGACCUGCAGGAAGACAGGAGAGAAGGGAUGAUGCAAGAGAAGGAGGGGACCAGGGUAGAAAAGAAAAGCAAUUUUGAGGGAAAGAUAGGAAAAGAAGACAAAGGAAUGACAGAGAAGAAUAUGAACAACACGGAGGCAACAACAGGGCAGGAAAAAAAGGAGAGGGAUGAUAAAGAGAGGAGGGAUGGGAAUGAGCAGCAGGAGGAGAAGAAGGGAAAAGAAGAUUGGGAGAAAAGGAAAAGAGAGGAGGAGGGAAGUAGUGAAGAAGAGGAGGGGGAGACUCUUGAUCAAGACUUGUUUAUCCGGAACUCUGGGCUCAUGUCUCACUCCUACAGCCUGAACCUGAACCUCAGUCCUGGUCUUCAUGUUAGGGAGACAGAGGAUAAUGAGGCAGUGGUUUCCACGGUGAUGGACCUCCAUCGGCUGAUAAUAACCAAACACCUACCAGCUGUGCAGAACUGGGUUCAGGUCUUCACCAAGUCAGGUGCUGAGCAGCAGCUGUUAAUGAGGGCGUUGGACCUGAAGAGGUCUCUUGAAGCAGCGCUGCACAAACACAAAGAGCUUCACAUUGAUUACAAGACCAGGGUCCGCAAAGUGAUGAAGGCUUCUUCAGACGGAGAUGAUGAUGAUGAUUUUGAUGAGGUUCCAGAAAAAGAAGGAUAUGAGCCACACAUUCCAGAGCAUCUACGAGCCGAGUAUGGUUUGGAUCCAGUUCCUUCCACCUCAACAGCACCAGUCACAAAGGAAGCUCCUGCUGAAGCUCCUCCUCGUCUUUCCUCCAGGCAGCUGAAGCGACUUGCAGAGGAGGAGCAGGAUCCAACAUGUGCAGCCGCCACACUGCGCCGCCUCACGCAGAACCUCGCUCUGCCUGCAGAAUCCAGCAACAGCUCAGGUCCCAGUUCAUCUCAGAAGGCUGUUGAUGCUCCUGUGGUUCCAUUUGGUUUGGACCUGUACUACUGGGGCCAGGAGCAGCCCAACGCUGGCAAGAUCAUCAAGUCGGCCUCUCAGCAUCAGUUCUGGGUUCCUAUUGAGGUGGACGAGGAGGUGGAGAACAAGGAGCUCCUGGCAGAGAGCAGAAGCAGAUACAUCUCCUUCCCUGGGAGCUUCACUCCUGUCAGCCAUUACUGCAGUGCUCCACUGGACAAUGGAAAGCUGUGUCAGAGACAGGACCGCCUCAAGUGUCCUUUCCAUGGGCGGAUCAUUCCUCGAGACCAGGACGGACGAGCCUGCAUGAAGGAGGACCGUCUAAGGGAGGAGCAGGAGGAGAGGAGGAAGAGGGAGGAGCAGCCUGAUUUGGAGGGCACAUCUGAUGUAUCCUUCACGGCCGCAGGCCCAAGAUUCAUUGCGCGGCCGGAGACGAAAAAUGCCGCUCCUCACCCCGGCAGUAACGGCAAAUGGAUAUACUUUUAAAUGUAAGUAUUGGGUUUCAACUCGCUCGAAUAGCUAACCAUACAAAUGUCAUAAAAUCAAAGGACCUUAAAACAUAACAUUUUCACUAAAAGGAUAGGUUAAGUUACGGGACGUUAGCGGCGAUGCUAAUUAAGCUAGCUACUAGGAGCUGCUGUACGAUUGAGCUCAGCUGCCGGCAUCCGACCUAAGUUAGCCUUUGGAAGUAGAACUUUUAAGAUCUUAACUUUCAAACCUAAGAGUUUUAAAUGUUGAUUUGUAUUUUACAUAGAUUGUGGCGAUUGUAUAGAUAAUUUAUACUUCAUAUUACCUGCUUAGUUUUCUGACAGUUGAAUAUCACUUUAAGUCCAGUGCAAUUGUUGAGAUUGAUAAUAUAUAUUUUAUUAUUUAUAAUAUGUGUACUUAUUUUGCAACUUAAUCUUCUUUUGUUUAGUGGUGUAUAGCUAAACCUGUUGUAACAUUUUGUUUUGUUUUAGGGAGAAGGAGACG